AUGGCAGCUCACACUAUUUCCUUUCUCUUCCUUCUCACAGCUCUUCUAGCCCUGGCCAUGCCGUUCAUGGCCAGUGCGGCGCGACCUUUGAGUCGUGACUCAAUUGGGUCAAGCAUGAACCUCGCAUCGAGGUUGAAGUUGGACGAAGAAUCAGCAAACUGCUGGGAAUCUUUGUUUCAGCUGCAGGCAUGUUCCGGCGAGGUUGUCAUGUUUUUCUUGAAUGGUGAGACUUACAUAGGGCACGGGUGUUGCGAAGCCAUUCGGACCAUUGAGCACCAGUGUUGGCCUGCCUUGCUUGGCACGCUAGGGUUUACCACUGAAGAGACUGAUGUACUCAAGGGUUACUGUGACGAAGCCGACCAUAUUGAGUCCCCUCCUUCCACGACACCAUCACCACCGUCGAUCAGUAAGCCUGCUACUACUAAACCAGUUGUUACUGGUUGGGAGAAGUUGGUUCCUUAA